AGAAAAUCAGAUGUCAUAGAAAACUAGUGUAUAUCAGAGGUAAUAAACCUAUCACUAGUCAUUGUUAAUGACUAUGUUAUUAUUAAUAUGCUAAACUUGAGGUAUUUUUGUAUUGAAUCUGCACAUGUGAACACAGGCUUGUGUUUACUUUGUUGGUGUUGCAUCACCAUGUGACACUAUUUCGCUGGGGUUCUGUGGAGGUCGGGCAGAACAGGCACCUCCUGUAUAUCACUUCAAGAAUGCUGCGAACUUCGGGAUUCUCUCACGUCACUAAGUACUGUGGAUAUUCAAGUAUUCGCGUCUUUCCACAGUGUAAAAGACUGGGUCUGUUGAUGAACUGUGGAAGAUUUUCUGGGUCAAAUAAUAAUUUAAGUCUGGCAUUUUCCAAGUCAGUUUUUCAAAGCUGCAGUGAAGCUAAAAGUCAUGUUUUUUCACUACCUUACAGCUCUGGAGCAAAACAUCCUGUUUUUGAUACAGUGACACAUUUGGGUAAAAAUAGAGUUAACUGUUCAAGUUAUUCAUUUCAAAGCAGAAGGCCCUACUCCCAAGGUUCUUCAAAGUCCACCUCUACACCUCUAAUCAAACUAAGAACUCGUCUGAUUGUGACCUGUCUUUUUGGGGUUGGCAUACUGGGCACUUGGUACUACCUGCGCUCAGAGAAAGAGAAAAAGCUGCAGCUACAAAGAAUUGAACAGCUAAAGAAAGUAGCAAUCGGACAGGGUGAUUUUAACCUGGUAGAUCACACUGGAAAGCCCAGAACCAAGAAGGACUUUUUUGGUCAUUGGGUAAUGAUGUACUUUGGUUUCACCCACUGUCCAGAUAUUUGCCCCGAUGAACUGGUCAAAAUAUCCAAUGUGGUCAGCAUAUUGGAUGAAGACAAGACACUUCCACCAGUGCAGCCCAUCUUUAUUUCAGUGGACCCCGAACGGGAUGAUGUUGAAGCCAUGGCCAAAUAUGUUAAGGAUUUUCAUCCACGUUUGCUUGGGUUGACUGGGACUCCUGAGCAGGUCAAAGAAGCAGGGAAAGCUUACAGGGUUUACUACAGCACAGGCCCCAAGGAUGAGGAUAAUGAUUAUAUAGUGGACCAUACCAUCAUCAUUUAUCUUCUAAAUCCAGACGGACUCUUCUUGGAUUAUUAUAACAGGAGCAAAACUGAAGAAAAUAUUGCAGAGAGUAUCAAAAAACACAUGAAAACCUAUGUAAAGUUGUUUACUUAAAAAAAAAAAAAGAAUCCAAUGUCCAUAAAGUUUCUGAUAAAAUAAUUAACUUCAAAAUGUAGUCUCUGCUUUUACAAUGUAGGUGAAUAUCUUCAUUGGCAGGGAUCAUCUGAAUUAAUUUGACACAGCCUGUAAACCCUACAUCUUUGAGUAGUGAUGUUUUCAUGGAUACUACAUUACCUUAUUAAUACUAAGACAAUCUACUUUUACAAUAAAACUUUGUGCUUA